GCUCCGCUCUUGGGGCAUAAUGGUGGCAUACUGGCCACAGGCCGGACUCAGCUACAUUGGAUACUCCCAGGUCUGUGCAAAAGCAGUGAGAGAUGCACUGAAGACAGAAUUCAAAGCAAAUGCUGAGAAGACUUCUGGCAGCAGUACAAAAAUUGUGAAAGUAAAAAAGAAAUAAUCUACUCUGACCAAAGCUUGAAAUGCUACAUUUUCAAGGUGAAGAUGUGUAGGUGCAUGUUAUGGCAGAUUGAAAACGAUCUCACUUCAUGAAAAAAAAAUACCUGUCUUGUUUGUAAAUUGACAUUGCCAAUAAAUUGAAGUAUGGUUCACU